AUGGCAGGAGUAACAGUAAAGCUUAUUUGCAAAAAGAAUAGCUACAAAGAACAUCUAAAACUGGAUCCACCAAGUCCAACAGGACCUGCAGUCCAAAUUUUGGAUUUGUGGGAGGUUUAUGAGGAUGAAGUAUCCGGACGGAGGUUUUUUGUAAAUUCAGUCACCAAAGAAAAAACUUGGAAACCACCCCGAUUAACAGCAAAUAAGGAACCCAAGGAUGUCGCAAUGAGCUCUUCAGUUAAAUCUCCAUCAGAUAAAUUAAGCUCAAACCACCAAACAGGUGCUGUUCAAAUGAGAAUUAAGAAUAUAACAGCAAAUUAUGAUCGAUUGAGCCAAACAAAAUCGAUGGUUCUUGUUGAUCCAGAACAGUCAUUAAGACCAAUUUCUCGUCAUAGAAGAAAUCAUUCACAGCAUAGCAUUGCAGACAUUUCUGCUGGAAACCACGUUGCCACUGAAAAAGGAGAAUAUUUGAACAAAGCUAAAAUAGCAGAUGGUGGCAAAAAGCUGAGGAAAAACUGGACCAGCACUUGGGUUGUACUUGAUGGAAAGAAGCUGCUGUUUUACAAAGAGAGCAAACAGCAAGCUCUUACCAAUUUGAAACCAGGAUGCAAGCCAGAAAGCGUUGACCUCUGUGGAGCACAAAUUGAAUGGACCAGUGAAAAGUCUAGCCGAAAAAAUGUUUUUCAGAUCACCACCACUUCAGGCAGUGAGUUUCUCCUUCAAUCUGACAAAAAUGCUAAUAUAUCUGAAUGGUAUGAAGCCAUUAAAUUGGGAAUUGAAAGUCAGUCAAAGGGUACGGGUGGAAAAUGUUUGCCAUCUGGCAUCUGUAAAUCCUCAAGCACUGAAUAUGUGAACAGGUGUGGAGCAGAAUCUCCUCCUGCCAAGGAAUCUAAACCAGAGCACAGACGAUCACUGAUAUUUAAACUGAACUACAGCGCCUCUGACAGUGAUAAGAAUGGAGUAAAAAAUCGACUAAAAAAGUUUAUAUCCCGGAGGCCAUCGAUGAAAACUCUUCAAGAGAAGGGCAUCAUUAGAGAUCAAGUUUUUGGCUGUCAUUUGGCUACAUUGUGUGAACGUGAAGGAACUACAGUCCCAAAGUUUGUAAAACAGUGCCUUGAAGCUGUAGAAAAAAGAGGCCUGAAAGCAGAUGGCAUUUACAGAGUGAGCGGUAAUUUAGCCGUUAUUCAGAAGUUGCGUUUUCUAAUCGAUCAAGAAGAGAAGCUGAAUUUGGACGACAGCCAGUGGGAGGACAUCCACGUUGUCACCGGAGCGCUCAAGAUGUUUUUCCGAGAGCUGCCAGAGCCACUUUUCCCAUAUCGCUUCUUUGAGCUGUUUGUAGAGGCAAUCAAAAAACGUGACUACACGCAGAGAGUUGAAUCUAUGAAGAAGUUGAUACGGCACCUUCCAAAACCCAAUCAUGACACAAUGAGGGCUCUUUUUCAACAUCUUCAAAAAGUCAUCGUCCAUUCUUCCAAAAACCUCAUGUCGACCCAAGGCUUGGGCAUAGUGUUUGGACCAACUCUCCUGUGGCCGGAAGUUGACAGUGUUAACAUGGCUGUGCACAUGGUCUACCAGAAUCAGAUAGUCGAAAUCAUUCUAACAGAAUUUACUGAGAUCUUUGGACCUGGUCACUGAAGCACUUGGUGGACUCUUUAUUAUCUUUAAAUAAGCCAUGCUUAUUUACACAUCAGUUGUUGGCAUCUGCAGACGUGUGCUCAUGUAGUUCAUAUACAUAUUUCUACCGAUCAUGUAGUUGUUAAAUCCCACAUUGUUACACGUCGUGCAGUCUGAUUUGCCACUUCUGAUUUGAUUUCUUCCUUAAUUAAAAGUCAUUAUCUUUUGGGAUGGGUUUUAUGAAAAAGUCACAGUGAUUGAAGUGUGUGGUGCUUUGUUUUUGGUGCAAGGUAUGUCAACAGGCAAAAUUAUCAAAGUUUUCCACUUUCGUAUAUACUGUACAUACUGAGUAUCAUCUAGAGUUGAGUUUUCUGUCUGCAUAGUUAAGACUUGUAAAUUAAAAUGAAGUGAUAAUUAGUAUGUUCCUGCAAAACAAACAUUAAUUUGUGUAUGUUGCCUUCUCUGCAACUGUACAUAAGCAAUAACUAGACAUAUUUCUGCUGUAAAGAACUAAAAGGCAAAAUACUACAUACUUCAGACAUUAAAUUCACUUAUUUUAAGAUUGAUAAAUACAUAUUUUGUAUAAUUCAUGUAUUGCCUAUAUUUUUUAAGUACAUGAACAUACAUAUUAUAAUUCUUUUGAAAUAAAUAUUUUUUGUCUUGCAAAGGACUUCUUUUACAUAUUGCUCAAUGUAUAACAAUUUCUUAAAAUCAAGAUCGACUGAUGUAUCAGGGUGUUGGAAAAUGAAAUCUUAAUAUUGUGCAGCUUAAUUAUUUUCAUGCAGUGUAGCUGGCAGAGAAGAGAUGGCUGUAUCUGUUUAUCAGCUCAGAGUUGAGUUAAUGUUAUGGUAUCAGCUAAUGACAGUCAGGAAUAAAUUUCACAUA